UGGACUCCAUUAGCGAGUUUGCAGGUCUUUGGAUAGAAACAACAACAAAACGGAGAGAGACGAGGCAAGUGCACGGUGUGUACAGUCGGGCUGCGAGGUCUGAACCCCAGGAAAAGAUACUUUUUCCAGUCCCCGGCUCGGCUGCUUUUAACCGCAGACGCUGCUUGCGAGGUAGCUAACUCUGGCCUCCGCUUCCCCCUCCUCCUCCGACUCGGACACAGGCGGAGCCUCGCCGCCCCCUCGGAAGAAGCAACGAGUGUCGGCGGCGGAGGGAGCAGGAGAGCCCGAGGCUUCAGGGACAGCGGGCCUCUCUGCGGCUGCUGGAGGACUUGCAACUUUUCCACAUCCCCCCACAGCGCCCGUCUCCUACCACUUUCACCGAAACCUAGUCCGUGACAUCAGCAGAUUUAUCAUGCAGUCCAACGGGGAAGGACAAGGACAAAAUCAGGAGCUGCCCUGUUUAAAUAACGCACAGAACGGGGAGUCGUCCUCCGCCGGAGCGGCGCACUCCAACGGGCUGAUUCCUAGCGCUAACAACGGUACUACAGUCAGUACGAAUAAUGGGAUUCCGGCCGGGACAACCGCGGGAUCCGCGUCCGCAUCGCCUGCCACAGGUUCGGGCUCGGAUGUCGGGUCCACCAUGAAAAAGAAAAAGCGGCUGUCUCCGUCGGAGGAAGAUGUCAUCCGACUCAUAGGACAACAUCUGCGGGGGUUAGGACUUAAUCAGACCGUGGACUUGCUGAUGCAGGAGUCUGGCUGCAGGCUGGAGCAUCCAGCUGCCACCAAGUUCCGCAACCACGUCAUGGAGGGAGAGUGGGACAAGGCUGAAAGUGACCUCAAUGAACUGAAAGCACUGAUGCACUCUCCCAGCGCUAUUGUGCGGAUGAAGUUCCUGCUUCUGCAGCAGAAGUAUCUGGAGUACCUUGAGGAUGGGAAGGUGCUGGAGGCGCUGCAGGUUUUGAGAGGGGAGCUCACGCCACUGAAAUAUAACACAGACCGCAUCCACGUCCUGAGCGGGUACCUGAUGUGCAGCCAUGCGGAGGACCUGCGCGCUAAGGCAGAGUGGGAGGGCAAGGGGGCCAGCUCCCGCUGCAGACUGCUGGACAAACUGCAGACGUACCUGCCCCCCUCGGUCAUGCUGCCCCCCCGCAGGUUGCAGACUCUGCUGCGGCAGGCGGUGGAGCUGCAGAGAGACCGGUGCCUCUACCACAACACCAAGCUGGACAGCAACCUGGACUCGGUGUCCCUGCUCCUGGACCACGUGUGCAGCCGAAAACAGUUCCCAUGUUACACCCAGCAGAUCCUGACAGAGCACUGCAAUGAAGUCUGGUUCUGCAAAUUCUCCAACGACGGCACUAAGCUGGCGACGGGGUCCAAAGACACCACAGUGAUCAUCUGGCAGGUGGACCCUGAGACUCAUCAGCUGAAGCUACUGAGGACUCUGGAGGGACAUGCCUACGGCGUCUCAUAUCUGGCCUGGAGUCCUGAUGACACUUACCUGAUCGCGUGUGGCCCAGACGACUGCUCAGAAUUGUGGUUGUGGAAUGUACAGACUGGGGAACUGCGGACAAAGAUGAGCCAGUCUCAUGAAGACAGCUUAACCAGCGUGGCCUGGAACCCAGAUGGCAAGCGCUUUGUGACCGGAGGCCAGAGAGGCCAGUUCUACCAGUGUGACCUGGACGGGAACCUGCUGGACUCCUGGGAGGGCGUGCGUGUGCAGUGUCUGUGGUGCCUGAGUGACGGGCGGACGGUGCUGGCGUCAGACACACACCAGCGUAUCCGUGGCUACAACUUCGAGGACCUGACGGACAGAAACAUAGUACAAGAGGAUCAUCCUAUUAUGUCUUUCACAGUUUCCGAAAAUGGAAGAUUAGCUCUUUUAAAUGUAGCCACUCAGGGAGUGCAUCUAUGGGACCUGCAGGACCGUGUGUUGGUACGAAAGUAUCAGGGUGUCACCCAGGGCUUCUACACCAUCCAUUCAUGCUUUGGAGGCCACAAUGAAGACUUCAUCGCCAGUGGAAGUGAAGACCACAAAGUGUACAUCUGGCACAAGCGCAGCGAGCUGCCCAUCGCCGAGCUGACGGGACACACCCGUACUGUCAACUGCGUGAGCUGGAACCCCGUCCUGCCCGGCCUCAUGGCCAGCGCCUCAGACGACGGGACGGUCAGGGUGUGGGGCCCCGCCCCCUUCCUGGACAUGCAGGAUGUAGAGGGAGUGAGCGAGAACAGCUGCACCAUGGAUAGUUGAUGGUUACCCUGGAGUGGCGAAAACUGCUCUAACGAGACAAAUUUGAAAGUGGAGACGGAGAGGAAGUAGACGAUAAAUUUUGAAUUUUUGAAGCUGGCUGUGACUUGCGCCCUUGCUGUGGCUAAUGUAACAGUGGAAUGUGGAUGAAUCAUUGGAACUUAAAACCAUCAGGAGACUUGCCUCUGACCUCUGACCUCCGACCUGUGCACAACAUCUCCAGCGGCACUUCUGUCUGCCCCCCUCCCCCCCUCCCCCAACUUCCUGAAGAAGCACGGACCCCUCCAGCCCGUCAGGUGUGACCUCAGCCGGGGGACACCGGAGCGGGAUAUCACUUUAUUUAUUUCAUGUUCCGCUCCUUCCUGCACUUUGGAGUUUAUCAACUAAGCCCCCAAAACAGACACUUGUUUGAAUUUUUAUAGUUAUAUUAUGAUUGUUAUUAUUGUUGUUAUAAUUUAUCAGUUAAAUUAGAGGGCUUGAAUAGUGGCAAUGGUGUGUUUUAUUAUAAAGUCUUCUGCUUUUCUUUUUUCUCUCUAUCACACACACACACAGACACACACAGUCAUUGCAUGAUGGUAGGAGGUGUGUGUGUGCGCAUGUGCACUGUUUUCACCAGCAGGAGGUGUGUGUUCACUGAAUUAUAGAGGAUUUUAUUCUGCAGGAUUUGCAGGUAUUUUAACAGACUGAUUUAUCCAGGGAACAGAGCUGCGCUUGAUAACUUUUUCAGUCUUUUAUUUUUAAAAUACACUGUCAUUUUUUAAAAAUAUUUCUUUGAAGUUUAUUUUUCGGAUGGAUGGUAUUCGGAGACGAGGAAGAUGCAGAAUCUUUGCGUAAUGUCUGUGACCGCAGUCUGGGUGUGUGUUGGGGGAGGUGGGGGGGGUGUCAUUGAAGGCUUUCUUUCACACUAACCCCAGGAGAAGGCAUUACAUGAAAGAGGGAUUCACCGGGAGGAAAGACAACACAGAACUAACACACAUCAGAGUUCCUUAAAAUACACUAACUGAGGCUGCAGCGAGUCCUCCUUCCCUCUCUUCUCGCUCCCGCUCUCGUUCUUUCACUCCCUCUCGCUGUUCUCUCUCCCCUGCAACUCUGGCCUCCCCUCCUCCUCUCUCUCCCCUGCUCUCUCCAGUUCCCUGUGGCAGGUGGGCAUUACUGCUGUGUUUGGUUUGCAGCGACCUCGGACUGACAUUGACUAUUUAAACUGAACUGCUUUUCCCUGUGUUUUAUGGGUUUUUUGUUACUAAUUUCUGUCCAUGUUGUGUCAUUUGUUUUACCUGUAUCAUCAUAUUAAAAUAUACCUUGCCAGUGGGUCUCUAUAAUUUUCCAUUCGUGCAUUUCCUUAACCUACACCAUUUCUUAAUGUAUAAAUCUAUGUAUACUUACACUUGAGAUGUUAUUGAGUGCUGAUAGGUAUUCUUUAUGGCUGCUGUGGCCAUUAGCUGAAACCGUGACAUAAAGGUAACACUUUGCCUGAUUUGGUGUGCUGUACAUUAUAUGCUGUUUGAUAUGGUAUAUACUAGAAAAUACACCAAGUAAGCCUCAGGCAAACUGCUCUGUAAAACUCCUCGCCUGCAUCAGGCGAGUCCCUCCAGUUGUUUGUCCCAGAACACAAUGAAAGCAGUAACACACACCUCUCCAACACAGAAAUGCAGAGGUGCUCUGACUUAUGCAAGCUCAUUUUUGGUUUUCCUUUUUUUCCUUUUUUUUUGAACGCUUGUGUUUUUUAGUGACCUCGCUGUAAAGCCUUUGCCACGUCAAGAUGUCUUCAGGUGUGACUUGUCGGGUGGAGCAAUCAGGUUCCGAGGAUGUAUCUGCAUUUAAAUGUGUUACUACAAAAAGUGAUUGUAUCGUUGUGUAACGUGUUGGAGAAGUGUUAUGUAUGCAUAUUUUCAAUAAAGCA